AUGAGUGAGUUCAGCUGUUACAUCUGCCAGAGGAGUCAAAAGAGGAGGCUGGAUGGCUCGGUGAACUUCUACAGGCCUCAGACCCACUACCAGACGGGCUUCGGUUCCGCUGCUGGAGAGCAUUGGCUGGGCCUUGAGAAUCUCUUCCAGCUCACUUUGAGGAAGAGGUACGAGCUGUUGAUGGACAUGGAGGACUUCAGUGGGAACAAGGUGUUCGCUCAGUACUCCUCGUUCUCCAUCGAGUCAGAAUCCAACGGAUACAGGCUUCAUGUGUCUGGAUUCAUCAACGGAGGGGCAGGAGACGCCCUGAUUAUUCACAAUGGACAGAAGUUCUCCACCUUGGACAAAGACCAGGACUCCUAUGAAGGGAACUGUGCCAGACUACACCUGGGGGCGUUCUGGUAUAAUAACUGUUAUUUCAUAUUUUCACAUCAACAGAUCAAAAUGGGGAGCUAUUUUUAAGUUAAUGUUCAUGUUAGCUUGUGGAAUGAAAGAAGCUAAAGUUAGCUUCUGUCACAUAUCAAAUCCAUAGACUCUGUAUAUGUUUAUAUACAGUCUAUGAUUAAAUCUAUUUAUUUAAUAGCACCUUUUAAAAUGAGUCCAGCUGAUCAAAGUGCUUCAUGUACAUUUAAUAAGACAGACAACAGCUAGCUGCCUACAUGUUAGCCAGCUAGCUAGCUAAGACAGGAUAAUGUUUUAGUUAAUGAAAUACUGCACCACGUGAAGCUAAAGUGAUAAAUUGUGUGUUGUCCUCACAGUGAAUCUUCCUGGUUUUACUGCUGAUUAUUAUUCAUUUCAACAACUUUUAAAGUUUGACUUUAGCAGCUCUGGACGGCUUCUGUUUAGCAGUUAGCUCUUGUAAAAACGCAUCCGCCAUUUAGAAAUCUGAAAUGUCGUUUAGAAUCUAAUUUUAAAUGUUGACAUUUUUGUCUUUAACAAGUACACAGUGUAUAAUUAAAUAUUAUGGAGUUCGGGGUAAAACUCCCCAAAACGCACAUUUGUUUAAAGGAGGAGGACAAAUAUUGACGUUUGGUCACAGGAAGCUUCAAAACGCUGACUUGACACUCAUGAAGCUUUUAUUUUGGCUUCCACUCAGCGGAAGUUGCUGUGUUUUUAUGUAACUUGAAACGGUUUCGGUGAUUUUAUGAAACUACAGAAACUAACGGAUGUUUUAACGGACCGUGUGUCUCUGCGGAGCCUCGGUUCGACCUGUUUCAAAGGACCUACUUUAUCUUCGGCUGCAUUUUGAAGAGAAACGGCGGAUUCAUCAACUCCGGGAAGGUUUUUGUCCGGCCGCUGAUAGGCGGAAGU